AUGAGUGAGUUGGAAUAUGUGAAUCUUGAAAAACAAUCAAAAGGAAAUAAAAACAGAAAUAAUAAUUAAUUCAAUAGAAGAGGAAGAAGAGGAGAUAGAAACUUUUCAAACAGAGGAUCUAGGCCUUAAUGGAAAUAAAGAUAAAUACAAUAAAGAUAAUAAUAAUAACAAGGAUAAUAAAGAUCAAACAGAUUCAGAAGAAUACCAACUGGAUAAGCUAGAAGAUAAAGAUUAAAUCGAAUCUAAAACAGGCCUAGAUAAUAGGAAAGGGAAAGAGGUAGAGAUAGAGUGAGGGAAAGAGUUAGAGAUAGAGAUGGUGAAAGAGAUAGAGAAAGAGAAAGAGAAAGAGAAAGAAAUAGGGAAGAAUAGAGAUAUACUAAUAGAGAUAGGGAUAGAGAAGUCAACUCAAAAGGACCUAGACCCAAUGUAAUUGUCAGAGGGUUAGAUCCACACCAAACGGAGACUGGACUUAGAGAAUUCUGUUCUUAAUUUGGACCAAUGGAGAUGUGCAAAUUGGAAAGAGACAAUUUUGGAAAUGUUAGGCCUGAGGGAAUUGGUUUGAUUAGAUUCUUUAAAUAAGAAAAUGCUGAAUUAUUUGUUUCAAAAGUUGAUGGUGAGGUAGUCAAUGUCAAUGGAGAUGAUAAAAGUUUGAGAAGACUGUCUGCUAAAUUAGUUGGGCAGAAUAAUAAAAAUAAUAAUGAAAGAUAAACUAGUGGAAUUCUUAAGAUAAGCAGAGGUCCUAUUCAAAAAUCAUGGAGAAGAUGAAAUGGUGAUAUAUGAAUUAAUAAUAUUAAAAACAAAUCCUAAAUAUUUAGCA